AUGUCUGAUCCAAUAGAUUCCAAUAAUCAAGAAAUCAAAUAUAAAGUACCUCCUGUUCGUUGGUUUCAUGCAGUGGAUGUUCCAGCAUGGGAUCCCCUAAAACGACCUACACCGAAACAACCCACCCGAACCAACACCAAAAUAAAGAAUCCCAAACAAGAAGAGGAAGAGGAGGAAGAGGAUUGCCCAAUGAAUUGGAUUCCAUUUUCAAAACGCGAUUCAACCGCGCUGGAGGCUGCUUUUAAGCUGAAAGUAGCCGGAAAGAAAGUUAGCUGCAACGAGGAUUAUCUGUUCGAGGUGGAUUUGGAUAAUAGAGAGAUUAGCCCGAUAUACUGGAUUGGACCUGUGUAUCAAGUGGUAAGAGCCACCUGGUUCUAUCAGGCCUAUGGCAAAUUUAUACCAUGCGACGAAAUUUUAUCGGAGCAAAUCGAGGACGGUUACAAGAAAUAUAAGGUAUGGAUCCCAUUACCAGAACCAAGCAAUGAAGACAAGAAAUCCAAGAAGCAAGAAUUAGAAAGGAGUUGGUACCUCACAGAAAAGUACGAAGGGCAAUACGUGAUAUAUGCAAAUCCCGCGAAGGCCUGGUUGUUGAU